AGAUUAGUUCUUGUGGAUACUGUAACCACUGAGGGCUGGAGAACCACUUCUUAAAUACAAUCGGGAUUAAAGAGAGGCAGAAGGAGGGAAAACCUUUAUUAUUUAAUUUAUCGGACAACUAUUUUUAUGGUCAUACGGGAGCGUGCAGACAAGAGGUACAACACACUUGUGAUGCAGCUGCGGCACGUCUCCCAAGUCCCACCACCCUGGUAGCCAAGACGUUUAGCAGACACCAUGGGUGCAUCACGGUUGGUGGCCUGCUGUCUGUCUGUCCCGUGUGUUCUACUUAUCAUCAGGUGCAACCUCACGGCCUCCCAGAGUUCAGAACGCCUUCGAGAGAAUGAGCUUCAGUGUGACAAGAAGGACCAUCCAAUCGUGCAUUUUAAUGAUUUGAGGCCCUGGGUGUUGAAUUUUAGCUACCCAGGAGUGUAUGAUUACUCCCAGUUGGCAAUUGAUCUCAACAGGAAUCAGCUGAUCAUUGGAGCCAGAAACUACCUCUUUCGCCUCACUCUGGAUAAUGUCUCUCUUAUUCAGGCGAUAGAAUGGGGACCAGAGGAAGACACCAGGAAGGCCUGUCAGAGUAAAGGGAAGACCGAGGUUGAGUGUCAGAAUUAUAUUCGUGUGCUGCUCAUUAAUGGAAAGAAAAUAUUUGCUUGCGGAACCAAUGCGUUUUCUCCAACCUGCACAAACCGACAGCUUGGAAACCUCAGCCGAGUGUUGGACAAGAUUAAUGGCGUGGCAAGAUGUCCCUAUGAUCCCAGACACAAUUCCACUGCUGUGAUUACCUCACAGGGAGAGCUGUAUGCAGCCACGGUCAUAGACUUCUCAGGUCGUGACCCUGCCAUCUAUCGAAGUUUGGGAAACGGCCCUCCACUCCGAACUGCUCAGUACAACUCCAAAUGGCUUAAUGAACCAAACUUCAUCUCGGCCUACGACAUCGGCCUGUUCAUCUACUUCUUCUUCCGCGAGAACGCUGUGGAGCACGACUGUGGCAAAACCGUCUACUCCCGCGUCGGGAGGGUGUGCAAGAGUGACAUCGGGGGCCGCUUUUUGCUGGAGGACACGUGGACGACCUUCAUGAAGGCCCGGCUCAACUGCUCGCGCUCGGGAGAGAUCCCGUUCUACUACAACGAGUUGCAGAGCACGUUCUAUCUCCCUGAGCAGGACCUCAUCUAUGGGAUCUUUACGACCAAUGUGAAUAGCAUCGCAGCCUCCGCAGUCUGUGCCUACAAUCUCAGCGCCAUCACUCAGACCUUCAAUGGACCCUUCCGAUACCAGGAGAACCCUCGCUCGGCCUGGCUGCCAGCCUCAAACCCUAUUCCCAACUUUCAGUGUGGCUCACUCGGAGACCACGGACCCAACGAGAAUCUGACGGAACGCAGCCUCCAGGACGCUCAGCGUUUCUUCCUUAUGAAUGACGUGGUGCAGCCCGUCACUGUUGACCCCCUGGCGACUCAUGACAACAUGCGCUUCUCGAAGCUUGUAGUGGAUAUCGUGCAAGGCAGGGACACGCUCUACCACGUGAUGUAUAUCGGCACAGAGCAAGGCACCAUUCUGAAAACCCUCUCGUCGGAGGCCAAGAGCCUGCGAGGCUGCUACUUGGAAGAGCUGCAGCUGCUUCCACCUGGCAAACAGGAGCCGAUCCGAAGCCUGCAGAUCCUUCACAGUGACAGGUCCCUGUUUGUGGGAUUGAAUGGCAGAGUGCUGAAGGUCCCACUGGAACGUUGCUUCUCCUACAAAACCGAAGUGUCAUGUCUGGGAGUGAGGGAUCCUUACUGUGGCUGGGACCUGAGGAAAAAGAGAUGCACCACCAUUGAAGACAGUUCCAACAUGAGCCUGUGGAGCCAGAACAUCACAGAGUGCCCGGUGCGAAACCUCACAGCGGAUGGCGAAUUCGGGGCUUGGUCUCCAUGGCAACUGUGCGAGCACACAGACAAAGAGGCCACAGGGUCGUGCAUGUGCCGCUCCAGGUCAUGUGACAGCCCUGUUCCACGUUGCGGAGGUCACGAGUGUGCUGGAGCCCGGAUUGAGGUGGCAAAUUGCUCAAGGAACGGAGGGUGGACACUCUGGGCUCCCUGGGCCCCUUGCAGCACGACAUGUGGAAUUGGAUUUCAGGUUCGUCAGCGUUCCUGCAGUAAUCCCACACCCCGCUACGGAGGGAGGGUCUGUGUCGGCCAGAGCAGGGAAGAAAGGUUUUGCAAUGAGAACGCCGCUUGCCCACUACCCAUGUUCUGGUCUAGUUGGGGCCCGUGGACUAGAUGCAGUGCUGACUGUGGUGGAGGGAUGCACUCACGACAGAGAAGCUGCGAAAAUGGCAAUACCUGUCCAGGUUGUACUGUGGAGCACAGGGCCUGUAAUGUAGAUUCCUGCCCAGAGACACGCAGGAACACGCCGUGGACACCCUGGAUGCCAGUCAACAUCAGUCAGAAUGGAGCCCGUCACGAGCACCGGUUCCGCUACACCUGCCGGGCACCAUUGGCAGAUCCACACGAUCUUCAGCUUGGGAAAAAGAGGGUAGAUAGCCGCUUCUGCCCCUCAGAUGGCACCUCUGCCUGCACCACUGACUCCCUCGUCGAUGACCUGUUGAAGUUUGGCCGUCAGUCUCUCCACAGGAUCAAUGGCGGCUGGUCCCCCUGGCUGCCGUGGUCAUCUUGUUCUCGAGAGUGUGAGAUGGGCUUCCGGACCAGGAGGCGGAGCUGCACCAACCCUGAGCCCAAGAACGGAGGCCUGCUCUGCUUGGGAGCUGAUAUUGAGUAUGAGGACUGUAACCAGCUGCCCUGCCCAGUUAAGGGAGCUUGGUCCUGUUGGUCUCCCUGGUCCCUGUGCUCGGCCACGUGUGGAGGUGGACACUACCAGCGUACACGGACCUGCACCAACCCAGUGCCGGCUAACAGCGGGGACAUCUGUAUCGGGCUGCACACGGAGGAAGCUCUUUGCAACACUCAGGCCUGUGAAGGUGGCUGGUCAGUGUGGACUGAAUGGAGUCUGUGCAAUGAAGAGGACGCACAAUUUCGCAGUCGCCGAUGUGAGUUUCUCAAUCCAGGGCCAACGCAGUGCGUGGGGAACAGCACUCAGUUCCGGCAGUGUCUCUACAAUGAAAUUCCUGUGAUUCAAUCGGCGAUUGGGAGUGACAGCAGUUGUGGAGCCUUUAGCGUCUACCAUCUGAUUGCCACCGGAAUCUCCUGCUUCCUGGGUGCCACCCUCAUCACCCUGCUGAUCUAUGCAUAUUGCCAACGAUGCCACAAGCAAUCUCAGGAGUCUACGGUUAUUCAUCCAACCACUCCCAACCACUUGAAUUACAAAGGCAGCAGUCAGGGUAACAAGAACGAACUCUACAAUCCAAUGGAGAUCAAGACGCUGAACAAAAACAAUUUGAUUCCUGAUGAUCGGAGCAACUAUUUCUCCUCUCUACAGCAGACAAAUGUGUACACCACAACGUACUACCCCACCACGCUGAAUAAGUAUGACUACAGGCCUGAAUCCUCACCUGGCAGAACCCACACCUAAAACCCUCCGAGUGAACUUCCCCUGGAGACGGUGUUUAGGAACGAACCAGAAUGGAUUCCUGGGAACAAAGCGUAACCAUAGCAACAUCCGUAGUUGAGUCAUAGCAUCAGCCAAUCACAGUCCAAAUUUUGUGGAGUCCUUCAUUAACGAUUUGCACUUCUUCAAGAUCCACGGUCCAGCCAUCAAGACUUGUUUAUGACUUAUAAGGAACGAAGUCUUAGUAAGCAAUGGAUUUUUUUUUUCAUAAUAGACUCCCUGACGAGAAAGACUGAGCAAAGCUUCAUAUUCAGGGAGAAAAAAAAAAUUGACAAACAUGGCGGAAACAAAAUGGCCUCCGCAGUGGCCGAACAAUACAGCAGUUGCCACAGCAACGUGUUGCCUCUGUGAAGCUAGAUUUCCUGAGGAUUUCUUCACAGAGGUGGUUUUGAGAAUGUGACCGUAGCAUCUGGAUACAGAAAUACUCCUUCGCUACUGAGGGGAUGUUAUUUUUUAUGUCAUUCAAAAGAUUACUUUUUUUCUCUUUCUCCCCCUUCAGUAUUAAUUUUCAGAUGUGUACCAUAUGGAGCCUAACAGUAGCAAAACAUAGUUUCACAUUGUAUUUACAGCACGGAAACAGGCCGGAUGGUCCAACAAUUCCACGACAGUGUUUAUGCUCUGCUUAAGCCUCCUCUCAACCUCGUCCAUCUCACCCCCCCCCACCGCCAACAACAGUUCAAAAAAAACCCCAUCAAAAUGUUCUUUAUUUUUUUAAACUGAUUAGUCACUUUUACUAAGUCCUUUGCGUGGCUUCAGGUUUUGAUUGUUCCUUUCUAUUUUUGUCCUUACUUGGCAUUCCCAGAAUCGGAAUUUCUGCACUUUUAAUGAAUUUGUAUGGAGCGCAGCCUACAGAUGCUUAACAGAGGACUUCCAAUGGUCCGUUCACUGAUGUUAGUCACCAAGUUUAGAUAGGCUCGAAAUUCCUUUGGUCAGCAAACAACUGUUAAAAUAAUUUGGAGCGAGUCCUUUGGUGGCUCAACGCUAUUAAUUUAAUGCGACUAGUUUGAAUGGCUUGAUUGCCUCAUGUAUUUAUUACUGGCAAAUUUAAGCUGCACCACCACUUCAUCUUCUCCAUCAGAAAGUUUAGCUUGAAAGAAUUGUUCUAGGGUGCAAGGGCGAUGGAGAAAUGGGGCAGAGGGAGUCAGCAGCUGUAGCUGUGGAACAUUUCACAUAUACCAAUGUAGCUGAAGUAUGAGAUCCUCCUAGUUCAUAGAGUUAUACAGCACAGAAACAGGCCCUUCGGCUCAUCGUGUCUGUGCUGGCCAUCAAGCACCUGUCUAUUCUAAUCCCAUUUUCAAGCACUUGGCCCAUAGCCCUAUAUGCUAAUGGCGUUUCAAGUGCACAUCUCAAUGCUUCUGAACUGUUGUGAGGGUUUCUGCCUCUACCACUCUCUCAGGCAGCAUGUUCCAGAUUCCAACCACCCUCUGGGUGAAAACAUUAUCCUCAAAUCCCCUCUAAACCUCCUGCCCCUCACCUUAAAUCUGU